UCAAGCAAUUCUUUUCAAAGUUGAAAGAUAAAAUUCCUGACGGCGAGAAGAAGAAUUUAAUUUACAAAAUUGAUUGCGAGUGCGAAAGAUGCUACAUUGGCCAAACUUCUCGACAGUUAAAACAAAGAAUCUCAGAACAUGAAGGUGGUUGCAGAAAACUGAAUCGAAUUAUCAAUGCUGACAUCAUUAAUGAAACGGAUUUCAGAGAAAUAAUUAGCAAAACCGCAUUACUUGAACACGCUGCAGAAUUUGAUCAUGUUUUCGACUUCAAAAAUGUUAAAAUUCUUGAUCAGACAAGCAACACGUCACAGUUGAAUGUUUUAGAAAUGUUGCACAUCAUAAACAAUAAAACCGUUAACCGAAGGACUGAUACAAUCAACCUGUGUCACAUAUACAACGGAAUCUUGCACCUGAGAGAAGAUUGGAGAAGAAAAAGGAAGAAUUGAGGAUUCGCGAAUGUGUAUGCGUGCGACAGAAAACAAACGUCAUUAGUCAAAUGUUUUUAGAUGUGAUAAGUCAUGUGUUUGAAUAUUUUUAAUUGACUAAAUUUUAUGAAUUUGACAAAAUUUUUAUUUCUUAAACCCUGAGGAUGAAUUAAAACAAAUUCGAAACCGGU